AAGAUGCGCAUCCGUGCCCCGCUGUCAGUGAGGAUUAACAAGACCAACUGACUGUCUCUUCUUCCAAGUAUCUCCUGUUCACAGAGGAUGUCUCCUAAAUGCGCCCCACAUGACCUCUGCACAUCCAUAGAUGCAAUGACGAUCAGAUGGGUUUGUGAUCAUAAAGCUGGAGAGGACUUCAGUCCACUGACUGUUAUCAGGAGGCAAGGCUCGGCAAUGAAACAUGUCAAACACAUAAGUACAUGUGAGAGGUCUGGACAGCGGGGCAGGAGAAGAAUAAAGGCAAAUGACAGGGAGCGUCACCGGAUGCAGAACCUGAACUCCGCCUUGGAUGUGCUGAGAAGCAUCCUACCGUCACUGCCCGAAGACGUAAAGUUGACCAAGAUCGAAACUCUGCGCUUCGCCCACAACUACAUCUGGGCUCUAACCGAGACUUUGCGCAUGGCUGACCACCGUGGACUGACGCCGGCGGACAUCAGCAGCCAAUGUGUUUCAUCUGCGGAGUCGGACCUGACCUCACCUGUAGAGUCUGCUUAUGUCUCAUCUUCAGACUUUGAAAUAUCAGCUCAUGAAAUGAACUGUAAGAUUUUAGGAAGAGACCAGUCCUGUGUUAUGCCUGUAACCUUUUAUUUCAAGUCAUUCUGUGGUUAAAAUGAUCCAAACAAAAAGUUGGAACAGGUUAACUCUGCUUUAACCGACCACACAUCACGGGUCACAGCACUUACUGGGUUGAGAACUGGCAGGUUUGUGCAACAUUUUAUUCUACUUUCCGUUUGUUUUUCAUCUUUUUCAGCACUUAACCUAGUUAUAAAGACGAAAAACUGAAUUUAUUCAAAACGUAAAAGAUUAAGUAGUCUACUUAACAAAGUGAGACAAAACUGGCAAUGGAGGAAAUCUGUUUGGGAAUGUGAUUUGAUGACCAUGUAGAUAAAUCAGUUUCAUUAAAACACCAUGAAGCCA